AUGUAUGUAUGUACAACUUUAUCAACGUUAUCUUGAAGCACCUUCUGACAACAAAGCAGAUACAUCGACCCAAAAGAACUGCGUGGUUAAGGCCCCAAGGUCUCAGGUUGGCUUCAGAGUGUGCCAGGGCUAACUGUGGCUGCUAGCGCCAUUGGGCAAUGUGCAAUCGGUGGUUGUGUUGCCCAGGGUAUGGGAGGCUUCAGUCCGAAAAACACAACAUGCAUCCUGUACUCUGCGUCUACCUUCUCCCGCUGGUGCUCGGGAGCGAGACCGGACAGUGCGAUGUCAGCGCUGACAGCGAUGAAUGCAAAAAACACCAAGAAGUCUACCAUGGAAACAUUACCAAGAUCCCGGCCACACUGAAACCGGGGACCAUUCACGUUUAUUUCAUCGGGAGCAGGUUUUCCAACGUCCCGAACAGAGCCUUCAUCAACAGCUCUCAGCUGGAGACGGUGGACUUCAUGCAGGUGCCCAUCAUGUCCGUGGAAGCGCACGCCUUCGAGGGUUUGCGUAAGCUGAAGCUCCUUGAAAUCACGACGACCAAUCUGACGUCGCUGCCCUUGGGCGUGUUUCAGGACCAGCCGAUGCUUGAGAAACUGAUCCUAAAGCUCAACAAAAUCCAGAAGCUUGAGAAGGGACUGUUCGACGGCCUGAGAAUGUUGAAGGAGCUCCAGCUUCACACCAACCAAAUCGCCUCAAUCGACGAGGGAGUUUUCGAUCAGCUCGAUAACCUUACGGUUCUUCACCUGGCCAAGAAUAAGAUCACGUCCGUCUCCAGAGCACUGUUUACAAAACUUAGUAAAUUACAAAGGCUCAGGCUCUAUGAAAAUGACAUUGCCACUAUUCCACCCGGGAUCUUUGAUGAUCUACCGGAUCUGAAAGAGAUCAACUUACGGGAUAACAAGAUAACUGAGAUACCACCAGAUUUAUUUUCCAACAACACCUUCUUGGAAUCAUUAAAUUUAGAGAAUAAUCGUUUGUCUGAAUUGCCCUCUGACAUUUUUGUGGGACUUCCGAACAUGAGAUAUUUGACUCUUCAGCAGAAUCAAAUCCGCAGCCUGCCUCCCUUGCUCUUUGGAGAAAUGCCAAAAUUUCAUGAACUGAGUCUCAGAGGAAACAAUCUCACUGUCCUGCCUGCAGGUGUAUUCAGUCCCUUGAAGAAACUCAAGAAGCUUGACUUGUCUCUAAAUAAGUUGACCUCUUUGUCCAGUGACUAUUUUGAAGGGCUUGUGAAACUCACAGACUUGAAUCUACAGAAUAAUAUGAUUGAAUCAUUAGAACCAAAAACCUUUGAACAUUUGACAGACCUGCAUACCCUCAGGUUAGCAAAUAACAAAUUGAGAACUCUUCCUGAAGGAAUAUUUGACUCUUUACUAAAGUUUACCAGGGUAUAUCUCGACAACAACCCUUGGCACUGUGACUGCAAUCUGAUAUCUUUCUUUAACUGGAUGAAAGCUAACAGUAAAAAGACAGAGCAGUGUGAAUCUCCUGACAGCUUGAAAGGACAAACUCUCAACUCUCUCACAGAAGAUCAGCUGAUAUGCCCAACAACAACUCAACUACAAUCUCUUACCACGACAACCAGUGUUGGGGAAAAUUCACAGAGCAAAAGAUCUCCCUCCUAAUAGCAUGAUAAAC